AUGAUGCCACCCAACAACACUGGGGAGGUGGCCAGCUCCAUUCCCACGGGGGCACUGGGGCUUUCCCUGGCCCUGGCAAGCCUCAUCGUCAUUGCCAACCUGCUCCUGGCCCUAGGCAUCGCCCUGGACCGCCACCUGCGCAGCCCACCUGCCGGCUGCUUCUUCCUAAGCCUGCUACUGGCCGGGCUACUCACAGGGCUGGCACUGCCCAUGCUUCCGGGUCUGUGGAGCAGGAGCCACCGGGGCUACUGGUCCUGCCUCCUUCUCCACACGGCCCCCAACUUCUCUUUCCUUUCCCUGCUUGCCAAUCUGCUGCUAGUGCAUGGGGAGCGUUAUGUGGCUGUGUUGCAGCCACUGCGGCCCCAUGGGAGUAUGCGGCUAGCCCUGCUGCUCACCUGGGUCAGCCCCCUGCUCUUUGCCAGCCUGCCCGCUCUGGGCUGGAACCACUGGAGUCCUGGUGCCAACUGCAGCUCCCAAGCUGUCUUCCCAGCCCCCUACCUCUACCUCGAAGUCUAUGGGCUCUUGCUGCCUGCCGUGGGGGCUGCCACCCUUCUCUCUGUCAGAGUGUUGGCCACUGCCCGCCGCCAGAUGAAGGAUAUCUGCCGCCUGGAGCGGGCGGUGUGCCGCGAUACACCCUCAACCCUGGCCAGGGCUCUCGCCUGGAGGCAGGCCAGGGCGCAGGCAGGAGCCACGCUGCUCUUCCUGCUGUGCUGGGGGCCCUACGUGGCCACACUCCUCCUGUCCGUGCUGGCCUACGAGCGGCGUCCCCCACUCGGGCCUGGCACUCUGUUGUCCCUCAUCUCACUGGGCAGCGCCAGCGCCGCAGCUGUGCCCGUGGCCAUGGGUCUGGGCGAUCAGCGCUACACAGCCCCGUGGAGGGCCGCUGCCCAAAGAUGGCUGCGAGUGCUUCGAGGAAGAGCCAAGAGCGACAGUCCGGGCCCCAGCACUGCCUACCACACCAGCAGCCAAAGCAGCAUGGACGUGGACUUGAAUUAG